CUGCAGGAAAAGAAAAAAAGAAAACCUUACUUCUGUCAUAAAACGACUGUCAAAGUAAAAAUUUUCGUGUCAUUUUGAAAAUAAUACCUACAUUAAAUGCAUGAGGUUGGAUUUCUAAGAUAAAUUUAUCGUUAAAAACAGCCAUGAUACCAGCGACCCGUUUGUUUGUGGCAAAUCUCCCAGCUAAUAUUAAAGAUGAAGAUCUAAUCUCGGCAUUUUCCAUUUUUGGUAAAGUCACUAAUUUGGAUCUGAAUGUUAAAACGGAAGCUGGUAAAGAGCUAACCAAGUUCGCUUUCUUAUCGCUUUCCGCGCCCAACGCCGAUGUACAAACAUGCAUCCAAUAUUUUGCCAACGAAGACUUUUACGGCAACAAGCUGUAUGUAUCAAUCGCAAGGGAGAGUUUUCUGGAGAAAUUGCAACGAGAACAAGUGGAAUCGCAACUGAAAGAUGAAAAAGUAAAGUUUAUGUGCCAGGAAAGUUUGAAUCAGAAGAAUCUAGCUCUAAGAAACAGUGAAUUUUAUACUGAGAAGCUGAAACGAAGUUCUAAAUGGAGUUGGCGGUCCUGCGACCACUGCUAUUUUAUGGAAAAGGAAAAUGCCGCUAAGAUGACUCCUAUUUAUUUAAGUGAAACAUUAAAUCCACGUAAAAGAAAAAUUGAAUACAACCCUGGAUUCGAAUCUGAAUUGAAAACAAGAAAACGUAAAGAAAGCAAAGCUCUACAUGAAGGGAAUAAAAUAAAAUAUAUCGCUGGGGACAACACUAAUUUGGCGGAGAAAACGAAAAAAGUAAGUUUUCGUAAUUCACAGAUCUUGAAACAAGAGAUGACAAAGAAAAUGCUGGAAUCUAUGAAGAAGAGGCAAAUUUAUAAAGAGAAACCUACGACUACAACAAGUUUGACUAAAGUUGAUGAAAUAAAGAACAAACGAGUUAAAUUUCCUGACUUGGACGACAUACUUAAACAACUAAAAGAAAAUGAUAAAAAAGUGACCAAACAAAUUACUAUUCAUUGGAUACGCGUGUAUCAAAACGCUCGUAUUCUUCAUACACAUAGGCAAGAUCCCAUGCACAGUCAUCUGUCCUUGACCAGUAUACUAUUAAAAUGAUAUUUUAUGGACCAACAAAAGCCAAAAUAUUAUAUUAUCAUCAGUUAUGACAAAUUUGGCCCUGUUUUGUAUUAAUCCUGUAACAAAAAACUACAACUUCAACGUCUCUUUAUGUAACUUUAAACGCCACACUUUUCUUUAGUUGAAAAAAAAUGUAUCGUGUAAUCAUGAAAUAAAAAGAUUUAAAAGGAA